CGUCGAAGCGUCGCAGCGAACAGAAGCGUGAAAAGAGCGCAACGAAAUGUGUUGAUAAUAAAAAAAAAAUCUAAAGAAAAUGACAAGCAAAGUGUUGGUCAAAGGUGUCCAGUGAAAAUCGAAAAAUUGCAAUUACUCGCGAUUAUUAUUCAUUCAUUUGUUAUUCAAACAACAAGCAUUCGCCGCGUGUGACCAAUCAACAAGCUCAAUUAAAUCGCGCUAGCAAUGGCUGCAAUUCAGUCUUCCGGCAGACCCCGUGAGCGUCUUCUCUACGCCUUUCGUGGGUGGAUUGCGUUUGUUGCAUUCAUGGAUCUGGGCACUGCUUUUCGCAGUUACAUUGAACGCCGCAGUUUCCUGGGCGAUCACAGCGAUACACAGUUUAUUGAAGGUGAUUAUACCAUAUCACGCAUCAUUGGCAUGUACUGUUUGCUGAAGGCAAUCGCCCUAGUUCACUGCACUCUCUACAUACAUUACCGACCCGUUGUUAGCAUGGGCGGCUGCUCCUUGGCUCUCACCAUGGUCUUCUAUGCCACAGAGGCACUCUAUUUCCGCUCCAGUACUUUGAACUUUUACGUCAUCUUCCCUUGUGUAUUGAAUACAAUUACUUUACUGGGCUUAAUCUAUAUACCGAAAAGACUUCGUCUAUGGGAACCAAACAUGGACUUGGAUGACGAAAACUCUCAACUAUUAAAGCAAAUGACUGGCUUUAAGCGACGCCGCGCGAAAAAGCAAUAAUUUAACGUCUAAACCAAAAAAUACAACGAAGCGAAGCAAUUGGCGAAAUUUUUUCAGAGUUUGAGACGUUGAAACGCAUAUUAAUCCAUUAUGGACUGCAUUGAUGUGAUUGACAACCAUCAAAGAAACCUUAAUUUAUUUAUAUAGCAAUAAUGCUAACUAACCGAAGCCAAAUUAGUGAUUUUUAUUAUUAUAAAUUAAGAAAGCAGAUACAAAAAACAAUGCUCUUCAUACAUACGUCAAUUCCUGACAUUAUCACUCAAUAAUAACAUUUUGUACUUCCCUUUUAGCAACCAUACAUACAUAUAUACAUAAUUAUAACCGAAUAGAGUUUAUUACACUUUUAACAAAGAUAUUUAUAUAGAUUUAAUAGUUGGUAUGUUGCCAUGUUAAAACAUCACGUUAAAACCUUAAGUUCGCAAGUUAAAGUUAAGCAAAUUUAGUAUUCGACUCAAAAGGAAUGGCUUUAAAUUUACAAACAACAAGCACGUUUAUAAUCAAAUAUUUAAGUAUUAUAUGGAAUUUUUCCAUUAUAGACUCACAAGUAGUUAAUUGCAAUAUUUGCACAUUCAAAUUUAUAUUUAUACAUAACGAUCAUAUACGAAUAUAUACAUAUGUAGGAGCGAUGCUUUGUAUUACACAAACAUUAAUAUUUAUUUCAAAUGUAUAAAAAAAACAAUAAUAGACUUAGUAAAACAUGUUUAAAUUGCAUA